AUGUUGACGGCUUGGGAGUACGGGAAGGACAGCCAAAAGUUGUUGGUGGGACGCUGGGGCAUGGAUGUUCAAGAGAAGCAGAAGUUGGACAUUUUUGCCGCAGAAGGGUUUGGGCUCACCGUCCUGUUUGUGAACGACCCCGACUUGGCCGAAGAGCUCUGCAGCGGCGAUCCUUUGAGGUUUACCAAAGAUAUGCGGAACAUGCCGGGGAGAGAUUUGAUCGGGAAGCUCUUUGGAAACGGCUUGUUUUUCGUGGCGACAGAGGAUGCUCGAUGGCAGAUCGCCCACAACAUUCUGAAGACGCCAUUUUCCAUCAGGGGCAUGAAGGUCAUGAUGCCUUUGAUGUGCGACCAAGCCGAUGCACUCGUUCAGACACUGAAGAGGGAAGUAGGCUACGGCCGUCCUACCUACAUCGAUGGCUGGGUUACCAAGAUGGCCUUCGAGACGAUUGCAGUCUGUGGUUUAGGGACAUCAUUUGGCUGCUUCAACGACGACCAGACGCACCCCUACCUGUUGGCCUUUAAUGACGCAGUGGAGUUUCUCAGUCAGCAAUCCCUGCAAUUCUGCCCCAGUUAUUUGAGACCUUUGCUCUUCAGAGGCUGGACACGCUUUGACUCUGCAUGUGAGUACAUGCGUGCGACUUGUGCGACCCUGGGGUGGGAAUGCUGCAAUGGCAUUGCCAUCCCCAUGCUGAUCGCCCACGCGCGGGUGGACGAUCAUGUGCCUGUGCCAUCCGCCGAUGCCGGCGAUGGCUUGAACGGUUUCAGUGAUGCCGAUGCCAUGGAUGGCGCCAAGCAUGUGGCCUAUGAAUGCUCCAAGAGUGUGGCCAAUGCCGUGGGUCAUCCAUUGAAGGGCCCCGAAUUGGUGCUGCGAAUUUGGGAAUCCACUGCGGGAGCUAUUUGCAAAGAAGUCGAGUCUGGGCGGAAUAUCUUUGUACCGGGCCUUGGCACCUUCGGAAAUACCGCGGAUGGGAUCAUCUUCGCACCUUUGGAGGAGUUCGUGCAAACUCACGGUCUGGACGUGUCCUACUUCACCAGUUUCAUCGAGAUGAUCCCUUCCCGACGGCCGCCCACAUCACCGCGGCGCCGCGCCGAGGAGCUAAGCUUGGCCGCGCAGAUGGAGCUGCUGCCCCGGGUGAAGCAUUCGGUGGCCUCAGUAGCACGGCUGCUGGAAGUGACCAGCGACGUGGUGCUGCAAGCGCUCCAGGCCAUGGUCCAUCGAAUGGGGCAGCAGAUGACCACAAGGGCGAUGGUAGCUGUGAGUUUCGCCCCUUUGGGCACUUUCGUUUGCGAAGAACGAUGCUUUCGCUUCCAUGCCCAGCUCUCCGUCUUGGCACCACUGGCACCAGUCUCCAAUUUUGGCCCCACCAUUCCCUUGAGGAAACUCCUAUCCACACUGGAGCGUCGAAAGGCCAAAUUCGGGAUUCGAGGCCCCCAGCCCCCCCCGGGGCGCCCCGUGCGCCCGGGCAGCCGCGGCCGCCGGCCGCAGACAGUUUCGAUGCAGCGCUCGAUGCCGGCGAAGCCGGAGGUCUUUCCGGAUCUGCAUCUUGGCCGGUUCAGCCGCACGCAAGCUGCACCCUUCGUGGGGAUGGAGGAUCCCGGUUCGCCCAGCGAACGCAUCGCCUCGAGCUUCACGGGCUCGGCGUCCAAAUUGACCUGGAAACCCUGUCAGGUACCGCGAAGAUCCUUGCGCUGGCAGCCAAGUUUUUUAGAACAGCCCUUCCUCGAGGCCAGGGGUGGUGAAAACUACUCCAAGCACUUCACUGACCAGAUUGAGGUGGACUCGCCCUUGGAUCUGGAACUGCGGGAGGCGCAAGUGAGCCAGGCACAGUUCUACGAAACCCUCUUUCGGUAUGGCUAUUACUUUGACACCAUUCCCAACAGCUAUCUGGCGCCCUUCAGCGACCGCUGGACCCUGAACAUCCAAUACCGCACUGGCGGGGAGGAGUUCCCCGAACUCAUGGAGCGGAUGUGGGAGGAAGUGUUGCAUGACUACCGCCAAGCGAUUCGGAAAGUCAUUAUUGAACACGUCCUGAAAGAAGAGAAGGCCAAGAAACGCACUGGCAUCUUUUUCGUACCGAGCCCUAUGCCACUUUGGGGAACUCAAGCCUUUCUGGGCAUUGAAGGCACUGCCGGUGGCCCACCAGAAGGAUGGGAAAGCAUCACCAGCAGGCGCACGCAAAUGGCGAAUUUGUUGAUGCCUUGCAGCAGUGCUUCUGCGACGCUGCUGGAUUUGUGGCAUCAAAAAUACGACACACUGCUGCUGGUGGACUUGCCGUCAGGCGACUUGAUGGAUUUGCAAGCCUUCUGCGCAGCGCAAGAGCAAAAGAUGAAGACUGUCCGACGAAGUCUGGAGAUGCUGGGUCUGACGUGGUUGGGAGAGGUGGUAGAGGUGCUGAAGCCCUAUAGCCCCAACUGCUGGCCGGUGACCUUACUGUGUACCCAAGUUCGAGGCGUCGUGGAUCGCAGCAUCGCAGCCUUUCUGCAGUUCUUUGGGCCUCAGCAGAUGGACGCCUUUCUGCGUGUGGGGCUCCAAGCCCAGGGCUCUGAAAUUGAACUUACCACAUCCCUGGAAGAGAUCGAGGUGUCACUGGUGCAGGUGUUCAAGGACUUCGUUGUGAGCCUCAGCCACUGGUUCGGCAGCCGUGGGCGUGACUUGAGCUUUACCGUGGACUCCAACACAGUGACUUUGUGGAGCGUGACACUGGAGGAAGCCUAUGUUCAGGAGGCCCAGGCCAGCAUCACUAAGAACAUCCUGCACAACCUGGAGAGGGUGGAGGCAGCUUUGGCCCCCUUCGAUCAGUUCAAAUAUCUCCUUGUGGAGGACGUGCGAAUCAAGAAACUUUCAGAAGAUACACUGACGCAGGACUGCGUCAUGGAGGAGCUAAAGACCCUGAGAGCGGUGCAACAGAACAUCCGAAGCAAAUGUGCUGAGGAGAUUUCUUUGCACAUGGUUUCCAUCCAAUGCUCCCACAUCAACGAGACCCUUCGUUCCAAAGCUGAAGAGGCCAUCCACAUCCUGUUGGACUCGAUCUUGCGACACCUGCUGCUGCGCAAUGAUCAUCUCUGCAACAGCUUUGAGAUGGUGGUGAACCAGGUCGUGAAGAAACCGACCAGCGAAAUGGAGCUGGUGGAUCUGGAGAUGUACAUUGAAGAGUUUCGCAACACGGGCCUCAACGAAUUGUUAAGGGAGUUUGACAGUAUCCGUGAGUGGCUGUCCUUCCUCUUUACGUGUGAAAACCAGCUGAUGUUGGGGCUCUUGAAAGAGAAGCACUUCCAGGCCAUCUAUGACUCAGCUCACUGGGUCGGUUCCAUCCAGGAGCGGGUUUUUCAUGGCACCAACUUGAAGCGUGAACGCGAAGCCCUGGAGAGUAAAUUCAAGGAGCAACGAAACAAGUUCCUGGAGGACUUGGAGGGAUACAACGAGCAAGUGGAUCAACUGAGCGAAUGCGGCAACCUGCGUCAGGUUGAUGAGUACCUCGAGAGGAUACAGGUGCUGAAGAACAACUUUACGCGAGCCCAUGUUGAAGCAGAAAAGCUCAAUGCCAAGGAGAAACGCUUUGGCUGGGAAGUGCGGAGCCCUUUCGAGCAACUGAAGAGAGGCGAACAUGCCUUGGAACCUCAUUUUGCGCUUUGGACUUUGGCGUACAAUAUGGAGGAGAGCAUGCGCAGCUGGAUGAAGGGUCCCAUGUUCCACAUCGAUCCCACAAAGGUGGACUUUGAGGUCCGUUUCAUGCGCAAAGAGGCUGUGCGCCUCAGAGAUCUGUUUUUGGCCGGUGGAGGAGUGGUAUAUCCAGCGGAGCACGUGAAGAUGGACGUGUUGGCCAUGGACCUGGAGGAUGAACCAGAGGAGAAGAUUUCUGCGCCAGCGGUGGUGGCAAACCAGCUGAACCAGCAGGCGGAGCAGAUGCAGGAGACGCAUUUGAAGCUGCUGUAUGCCCUGUGCAACCAGUGUCUACAGGGACGUCAUUGGGAUCAAAUCUCCGGCACUCUUGGAACGCCGCUCGAGCCGGACUCCAGCUUUACCUUGGCCAAAGCCAUCGAGCAGGACAUCGGACACUUCAUCGAGGAUUUGCAGGAGAUCAGCGAUGCGGCCUCUGCCGAGUAUCAGGUGGAGCUGGCUGCAGAUGCCAUGGAAGACGAAUGGAAGACCUUGAGUUUUACCUUUGAGUCUUGGAAAUCCACGGGGGCCUCGGUCUUUACAGAGGAGAAACUGCACAAGAUUUGUCAGCUUUUGGAUGAUCAACUGCAACGCACGACCGAGCUCAAGGGCCUGAUGGCCGCAGAGCCGUGGGAGGAACGCCUGGAUGACUGGGAGGAGUGGUUGCAAUCCAUGUCGGAGAUUUUCUCCAUCUGGGGGAAGUUGCAACAGCUGUGGACCAGCUUGGAGGUGCUCUUCAGCGGCAGAGACAUCUACAAGCAGCUGCCGGCGGACAUCCAAACGUUUCGGAAGGUGGACAAGUAUUGGCGUCACUUGAUGUCCAAUCUUCAGUCGCAUCCUUUGGCGCGGGAUGUUUGCAAAAUGCCGCAGCUGCUGGAGAACUUGUGCAGAAGCAUGCAGCCUCCAUGA